AUGUCCGCAUCACGAUCCUUUGCGACCAGCUUGGCCAAGCUUCCGGCCACGGCCUGCCGACGAACCCAGCCCUUCCUCAGCAGAGGAAGCAUUCUAUCACAGACCUCUUCUCGAAGUCGAUCAGCCAUUAUUCCUCGAGCUGCCCGCUUCUCCCCCGUAUCCCAGAGAGCAUUCACCACCUCGGCACAACGGCGACACGGACAUGUUGAACCUCCGAAGCCGGGCGAAGAGCUCUGGAUUACCUUUAUCGAAAAGGAUGGUCAGGAACACAAGAUUGCUGUCUGCGAAGGAGACAACCUUCUAGAUAUUGCUCAAGCGCACGACCUGGAGAUGGAGGGCGCAUGCGGAGGCUCCUGCGCCUGCUCCACCUGCCACGUUAUCGUCCUCGAGGAUGAAUACUUCGACAAGAUGCCCGAGCCAGAGGAUGACGAGAACGACAUGCUGGACCUUGCGUUUGGCCUCACCGAGACGAGUCGCCUGGGCUGUCAAGUACUCAUGACCAAGGAGCUGGACGGCCUCCGGGUGAAGCUGCCCUCCAUGACGAGGAACCUGCAGGCGAGCGAUUUCCAAUAA